AUGAAAGUUUUUAACACAAAGCUUCAAACGGUAGUGAGAGAACAACUGACUGCGGAAGGACAUCCAUUACCUUCAGAAGUUACCAUAGCAUAUAAUUUUGAAACAAACUCAAUAGAUUUUAAAGUCGUCUCUGCAAAGAAGUCAGGUUUUACAUUUAAUGAAGCAGAUGUAUAUUCGAAUGAAAACUUCAAAGCUAUUGCAUGGUUAGAUAAUGACGAUUGCUUUAAGAAAAUAUUUAAAUUCAGUGACUCAAAGAUGUCAAUAGAUGACCUUCGUGGAAUGUUACCAUCGACGUUUACAGUAGAAGGUUCAGCAGGAUUGCUUACAAGAUUGUCAAUUGGUGGUAUUUGGUCUCGUGAGAACAUUGUUAUAAAAUCCAGUAUAAGUGAAUUUGCUGAAGAAUCUAUAUUAUGUCUUUCAAACUAUAUGUAUUCGCCGCCGAAGCAUUAUAGUAUAACAAACUUUGUCAGUAAGUUUAACAUAAGACUUGUCGAACCUUCUUCAAUGAAAGAUGUUGUGCUACCUAAAGAUGGAAAGGAUGGACUCAUUAUUGAGAUGAUUUUAAUAGCAUAUUAA